AUUAACAGACAUUUGGCGAAGUUGGUGGUCGAGUGUUCGAAUCUUCAGAGGCACAAGGCAGGGAUUAUCCAGAACAGCUUGAGCAAAAGAACGAACUGGUACUGUAAUAUUUCACAAAAUGAAAAGAGAGGAUGAAAAAGAACAGAGAAAGGAGACGGGACAGGAACACAGAAAGGAGUCGCCUGGUCACACGGAGGCCCCCACGCGACCAGCCGCUGACAUGAAGCCGCUUACAAAGGAGGCUUACGGAGGAGGGAUGUACGGAACCGAUGAUAAAAAAACGGCGCAAGAACGAGCGAAUCGUCCGCCCGCCAGCGACUCACAGAGCGUGGAUGGUCUGGCCGCCGGCGAUUCGGCACCGUCGGAAAAGAUAUUGAGCCACCCGCCGCCGCCGUCUUCCGGCGACCGGGAUAUCGAUAUUACUGGACAGUCGUAUAUUCAAUGAGCUGAAUCUCUGUAGCUUUUCCUUGUGAAGAAGAAAUAAAAAAUCGUUAUUGGAGCUUA